GUCAACUGUCAAUCUUUUUGAUGACUCGUCCUGUCAUCUGUCAAAUUUGUUGUUAAUUUUGAAAUCUGCGAAAUUGAUUAGUUUCCGAAAAAAGAAAUACUUUGUAAGGAAUUUGCGGCGGAUUGUGGGAGGAUUUCGUUGAAAAUGGCUGAUGGUAGAGUAGAUCCACCCCCUCUUUUGGAAAACGUACCGAUCGACGAAGAUCUCUUUAUUUCAGCCAGACAGGAUCCUAUCGAGGAAAGCGUAACCAAAAUAACCAAUGGGACCAACGAACCAAUGGAUAUCUCCAAACUAAAGCUCUCAGAGCCUAAUCGGGAAAUGGAAAAUGUGCCCAUUAAUACAAAUCCCGUUAUAUUAGAUGCAGUAGAGAAGGCUGAAUUAAAUGGCGGUGAUAAAUUCCUGGAGAUAAGCAUAGGAGAAUCCCAGAAAGUGGGAGAAGGGAUGGGGGCCUAUGUGGCCUACAGGAUCUCCACCAGGACCAACAUGCCCAUCUUUAAAAGGCAAGAAUUCUCAGUCACUAGAAGAUUCAGUGACUUUUUGGGGCUGCACGAUAAACUCAUCGAAAAGUACCUUAAGGUCGGUAGGAUUAUACCGCCUGCACCAGAAAAAAGUGUUAUAGGUAUGACCAAAAUAAAAAUGGGCAGUAGUACCGAAACGGCCCAAAAUAACGGCAGCGAGUUCGUCGAACGAAGAAGGGCGGCCCUGGAACGGUACCUGAAACGUACCGCCCAGCAUCCCGCGUUGAUCGUCGAUCCGGAUUUUCGGGAUUUUCUCGAAGACGACGUCGAAUUACCGAAGGCCACAAGUACCUCGGCCCUAAGUAGCGCCGGCGUGAUGCGACUGUUCAACAAAGUGGGCGAAACCGUCAACAAAAUCACUUACAAAAUGGACGAGACCGAUCCGUGGUUCGAAGAGAAACUGGCCCACAUCGACGGCCUGGAAACCCAACUGAGAAAACUCCACGGUAACGUGGAAGCGAUGGUGACUUAUAGACGCGAACUCGCCAAUCUCACCAACGGGGUUUCGUCUUCGGCCGCGAUGCUCAGCUGUUGCGAGGAUCAUUCCACUUUAUCGCGUGCAUUAACCAAACUGGCCGAGACUGAGGAGAAAGUCGAAUCGUUAUUGUUGGAGCAGGCCAACACCGAUUUUUUCAUCUUGUGCGAACUGCUGAAGGAUUACAUCGGACUUUUGGGGGCGGUCAGGGACGCGUUCCACGAGCGCACCAAGUUGUUUCAGCACUGGCAACAUUCGCAGCAAAUGUUGGCCAAGAAGCGGGAGAUGAAGGCCAAGUACGGGCUGCAGAAUCGGACUGAUAAGAUGGACCAAGCGAAUGCCGAGGUUGUCGAGUGGGAAGCCAAAGUGGACCGGGGCCAAGAGAGUUUCGACAAAAUAUCCCAAAUGAUCAAGAGCGAAAUGGAACGAUUCGAAAAGUGCAGGAUACAAGACUUUAAGGUUAUGUUCAUCAAAUAUUUGGAGAAUCAUUUGGAGCAUCAAGCGCAGUUGGUAAAAUAUUGGGAGUCGUUUCUACCGGAAGCCAAAGCGAUUGCCUGACUAGAGGAUCUGUGUAAAGAUUAGCAUCUACAUUCCUAUUGGCGCUUUCCCGAACUUUAACAACAACAAGCAUUUAUUUUUUCGCGGAUUUGUCACUGUAAAAACGAAAGCACGCUUUUUAUUUGAUGGUCCAUUUGCGUUUUUGUUCAAUUUUGCAUGCUUAUCCGGGUUAUGCAUAACGCUUUUAAUGUGAAUGAAAAAACAACUAUUUGGACCGUUUUUAUUGUUUCUCUGAAAAUGGCACACUAGUUCGUGCCGAAACCUCGGUUUUAUGUAGCAAAUAAAGUGCCAAGUCUCUUUUUUGCCUCGUUUCUUGUGCAAAAUAUCAUAUAUUACGCUUUUAAUCGCAAAGCUGUAUAAAAGCUAUAAGUGUUACUAAGUAAUGUAAAAAAAGAAGCUUUCUAUUGUGUAUUUCCAAUUUGCCAAAGUGAGUUUAAUCGUUGUAAGUAUUGUGUGAAAGUAAGUUAGACGGUCUGUAGAUUUAUUAAUUGCCCCCUUUUUUUGGUAUUCAUCGUGUAGUAUGGACCGUUAGAGAAGUGCAAACGGUAGUAAUUAUUUAUAACUUUUUUUUAACUACCCAAGGUAGUCAAUAUCCGAAAGCUUUAGAUAAGGUUCAUUAUAUUCAAAAAACAAAUAUCUUAUUGUCUGUUUAUUUUAUAUUCUUUAUUUUCCAUUUAAAAUAUAUAUUAUUGUAUUGUUGUUU